AUGAACAAAAAAGGUGACAGUGGAUCUCCCUGUCUGAGGCCUUUUUGGGGAGAGAAAAACCCAACAGGUCCACCAUUGAAAUGCCACCAAACGUCACUUCUGUUUGUCCCUUUUCUAAUAUGCACUUUUGUCAUUAAUGUUGGUAGUAAAGACUUCAGAUUCACAUGGUCGCGGGAACCUGGAGAUCUAUGUGAUAUAUAUGAAGAACGUCGAAGUGGUGAAGAUGGAAAUGGUUUGCUUGUUGAGUCAGGUGGUGCUUGGCGAAAGUUGAAUGUACAGCGCGUUCUGGAUGAAUCAUUUAAAAACCAUGUUAAAAUGCGGUCAGAAGAAGCUGAGAAGAAGCUUAAAUCACGCAAAGCCAUUGUUUUGGACCAUGGCAAUCCAUCCAUGAAGAGUCAGGUGAAGGCAAUGGCUGCAGCUGAAGCCAAUCCAUGGAGGAUGGGUUUCAAGCAAAAGAAAGAGCCUCCUUUCAAAAAGCGAAAGGCAGAACCACCUCCAGGGGGGGCUUACGGAUCUGCUUACAAAUCUGGCUCCUCUGCAACAACUCAUUCAAAGGGAAAGCCUUCUGCUUCACCUUUGUCUUCUCCCCCUGAACUAUCUGGUGCUCCAGCAUCUCCAUUUGACAAUGCCAAUCUUUUGAAGGGCCAAAUUGCUGUGGAUGAUGUGAUACCAGCUCAAACCAUGGCUAAGGCUACUAGCUCUGACAAAGAAAUUCCUAGCAAGGUGACCACAAGUUCUUCACAUGAUAAAGUAGGGCAUAAAAGGCAUGCAGGCGCUACGUCUACCGACCUGCGUAGCAUGUUGAUUUCUCUACUUAUGGAGAACCAGUCCAAGGGGAUGAGUCUUAAGGCACUGGAGAAAGCUGUUGGAGACACAUUCCCGAACUCAGCCAAGCAAAUUGAACCCAUUAUAAAAAAGAUUGCUAUAUAUCAAGCUCCAGGAAGAUACUUCUUGAAACCAGGAGUGGAUAUAGAAAGCUUCCCGAAACCUGCCCCUGAAAGUGGAAGAGACAAAGCUGAUCUGCAUUCAGCACGUCUGGUUAAACUAAAGUCUCGUUCUCCUGAAGAUCAUUGUCAGCCAUUAUCUGCCCCCGAUAAAUUUGACAAACUACCUGCUCCAGAACCGGUCUUACCUUUAAAAACUGAUAGCAGUGAGUUGGAAGAGGGGGCAGUGAGCGAUUCUAAACCUCAAGAAGCAUCUGAUGCCAUGGAAAAAAUUGAUAUCCUCCAUCAUUCACCUGAUCGAAGUGUAGGGCUGGCUAAUAGCUCUAGCUCUAGCUCUAGUGAUAGUGAAAGUGAGAGCAGCGACAGUGGAAGCGAUAGUGGAAGUCAGAGUAGAAGCAGAAGCCCAAGUAAAAGUGUAGCCAGUGGGAGUAGCAGUGACAGUGACAGUGAUGCUUCUUCUAAUAGUAAGGAGGCAUCUGAUGAGGAUGUUGAUAUCAUGAGCGAUGAUGACAAAGAGACAAAUCAUAAACCGCGAGCUUCUGAACAGGUUCAAUGCGGAACUUUGGAUUUUGAGCCAGGUCAAUUUAAGGUAGGUGAGAGGGACGAUCUUAAUGUUACGGAUAUUGUGGAAAUUGAGAAGGACUUGCCUCACGGCGACCAAGUAGCUGAAAUGGCUGUUAUUCCUGGCUCAGGUCCUAUGAGAGAUGAUGAAAAACCUGUAGAAGAAAUCAGACCUUUAUCGUCUGAUAGGCAUGAGGAUAAACAAAGUCAGGUCCAAAUGGGUGAGCUUCAUCAUGAAGCACACAUUGUUAGUUACCAAAAGCAUCAUAGUGAAAUUGAAAGUGUCGACAAGGAUAGCUUCAAGCAUGAGCCAUCUGGGGGUAGGAAAAGUAAAUCUAAACGAGUGCGUGAUGAAAAACGUUUAGUUGAUAAAGUUGACAAGAAUAAGAGAGUAAAAACUCAGAAUGUUAUUCAGCAUCAAAGUUCUGGUCAUAGGAACUCUAAUUUUGUGGAGA